AUGCAGAUAUUCAUAGGAAAGAUUCCGACACAGGUUACUGAAGAGGGUAUCCGAGAGUAUUUCAAGCAGUUUGGAGAGAUUUCUGAGGUGAUUAUGAAGGACACAUAUGGGUUUCUGAGUUUUUCAUCGGAGGAGAGUGUGACGAAAGUGCUGAACCAGCGGUCGCAUGUGAUUGAUGGAGGAGUUGUAGCAGUGGAGAAAUCGAAUGGCAGGAAGAGACCAUUUACAGCAGACUACAGCGAUAGAUAUGUAGAUGCAAGCCGUGCACCGUAUGAUCGUAAAUAUAUGCCGCGCACUCCUUAUGAAAGCAGAGCAUCACCUCCUGGAAGAUAUGAGCCAAGAUAUACGGACAGCAGAUAUGCGCCACAAGACUAUUAUCGCGGAGAGCCAAUGCGAAUGGGCGGAGAUCCUCGUAGAGAUAGGGAGUAUUGCGACUAUUGCAAUGGAUGCCCCAUCCAUGGAAUAAGAGAGACCAUGGAUUUGAGGAAGAGGCACCAAGCACUAACUCCAAGGGACUAUCCAAACAACUAUCUCAAGGUUGUGUUUGAGAACAUUGCACCUAACACCUCUAUUGAAGAUUUCAAGGCGUUUUUGAGAGAGAAUGGGUUUGAGCCAACAUAUGCCAGGCUUGGAUACACAGGAAAUCAUGCAGUUAUUGAGUUUAAGAACUUUGAUGACAAGGACAAUUCCAUGAAGCAAUUUGAUGGAGCAGAUUACAAUGGCCAUAUUCUUAAGACACGAUCCUAUCUUCCAAAGGAUGAAUACAAAAGUCGAGAGAAGGAGCCAUAUGCGAAGAGCGAGCAUACUAUCGAAGCGAAUGCAACAGAGACACAAAAUGAUGCACUUGGUGCUUUUGAGGGUGAUGCAGAAAAGACGGAUGGUUGA